AUGGCCCUGUGGCGUUCGCUUCGCCUGAGCAACCGUUACAUCAGCCAGCACGUGCUCCUCCUGCUGCGUUUCUACCGGGCGCAGUUCUAUUACCUGGGACUGAUGCGCAUACGCUACGAGGAGUGCCGAAAGGAGAUGCGUUUGACCUACUACAGUGUCACCGUCUCAAGGAUUAUUGGCCUUUGGUUCGGCUUCUUCUUUACUUUGGCCCUUUUGGAACCCUAUUCCCUGAUGCUUCACCUCCAGCUGGUGGGAUUCACCUGCUGUCUGUUAAUCCAGCCAAGAGGAGUCGUCGAGGAGCGAACGAGGUUGCUGAACCGAAUCCUGCAUCUUUCGCCGCAACUCUAUCGUUUGUGCAGGCGGAAGAUGCACUUGUCCUGGUCGUUGGUUUUCCAGUUGCUGGUCAAAUUCCUAACCUUUCGGAUGUUCUACGAGGGUCUACUGGGUCAUAGGGCCGCUAGCUGGAAAAUGAUGUACAUUGUGCUCUUCGUGGUGCCGAUUUCAUUCGCCAUUUGGGUGAUGGAUGUCACUUCCCAUUUGAUUGGCAUUGUACUUUCCCUCCUGCUCAAGUCCUUCGAGAUGGUGAAUACAGAAAUGACUGCCAUUGAUGAGAGACUCUGUUUGGAGAUCCUGCGAUCGGAUUAUCAAGCAGUGAGGAGGUUACAAAGACGCCUGGCUUCCCUGCAGCUACUACAUCGAUCUUAUGUAAAGGUCACCCAUCAGUUGAUCAAAUGCCUGAGUCCCCAAUUGAUCCUGAUAGUUCUCUACGACCUCAGCACCAUCUACACCUUUUCGAGUGGCGAAUGGCGACGCAUCUUACAAAUUGGAGUUUUAGUCAACAACCUAAAGGGCCUCCUGCACACCCUUGAUGAACUGGUGGCCACCAGUGGUGCUCCACAGGACACCUCUUGGAUGCACGUGGCGCAUCUCCUUCAUUUCGAGGAGGUCCUGGCCACACAUGGUUGGUUGGGACGAAAGGACUUCCGCUGGAAGGUUCAGGAUAUCGACAGUUUCGGUCAGAGCGUGAGGCGAUGUUGCUUCCAGCCGAGCCUCUUAGUCCUUGGAUUGGUUACUCCAAAUAGGAGACUUCUGUUUCGCUUAACCUUUGCCUUCUGCAGUCUCCUGCAUCUGCACUUUAUGUGGAAGAAAUCUGCUUUGGUGGUCGAGAAGGAAAUCUUCAUCGGCUCGGAAAUUAGUUUAAAACCUAAAAAUUAA